AUGGCCAUCACGGACCAUUACUCCAUCAUGUCACCAAGCGAUUCACCGACUACCCAGCACUGGGAAGGCAGCCCUGCGCCGGUCAAAGAGAAUAUGGUUGGAAAGACUGGACGCCUUGCCCCAAGAUGGAUCCAAGACUUGCUCAACUCUGACCUUGAUUCCGGAUCCUUCGCAAGAAUCGAAUGGGACCAACAGGCGCGCUGCAGCAAACCAGGAGUACCGCAUCGACUCGUCCUGGUGGGCAACCAGAGCACAUCAGAUACUCGCAACCCUGGCGUGCUGUCUUCUGUCUGCGCGAUCUGCGACUUCCACUUCUUGAUCAGGACCUGUUGGGACCCAGAUCAGCUUGUCUGUCUGUGUCGCCCUAAUGCUCUCCACUUCCCUCCAAAAGACACAGAUUUCUACCUCCAUCAUCUCGUCAACAUCAAGCAGCCAGUUCGACCGACCAAGUCGACGUCAAACUAUCAUCCUCUCAUUCGCGAGACUAUACUCGCUGUUGAGCACUUCGCCUGCUCCGCUCCUCGCUGCACACUGCAAGUUACAGUCGAAAUAUCACGGCCUCGGCUCAAGCGCGAAUGGCUACACCUCCUUCUCAAUGAACAGCGCAUUCUAGACAAUCUGGCAAAAGCCAGGAAGCAGUCGCCGGAACGAUUCGCGGACGCAAGAGACGAUUGGUGCACAAGCGCUCCAGUCACCCUGAACACCUAUCUCAGAGACUUGCUGGAUAGGCCCAAUCCACGCAACAUAUCUCAGCGUAAUAAGCGCUUCCAGGUCGUGUUUGGCGAAGAAUGCUAUGUCAUUUUCAGAGCCAUCAUGUUCACAGAGGAAAACCUGGACAAGGACGGGGUUCUUGAGCCUUACUUCAUCCCGCCCACUCUCGAACCUGGCACCCCCGGCAUACCAACGGAGCUCAGCGCAUUGCGGGCAUUUGUUGAGGAUAUGCAGGCCGAGACGGAGAGUGUCAUAAUAAGAGGCGGAAAGACUGGCGAGAAUCGGCCCUAUGUCGGCAACAGGCUCUUCAAAGAGCUACAAUGUCUUGACUACCCCCAGAACAAGAUUGCACAAACAGCAACGGAAGCGCAUCGGAUUCUUGGAGUGCUUCCGGACUUCGACAAGGCACUCAUCUUUUUUGCUUACACUCGGCAGUCGGCCCUUUGUGAGAAGCGACGUCCUACGUUUGUCGAGGCCCUCAAGGAUAUCGCUCUCCUUACAAACGACGACGAUUUCCAAACCCGAGCGAUCCAAGAGCUCACCAUCAUGGACGGGAUGCCCGCUCCGGAUAGCAUUGGCGCAGGCGACGAGUUGCAAACACAGGCGUACCAAUUUUUUAGCCUUAAAUACACCGCCAGCGACGAUAAUGUAGUUUCUGCCUUCAAUACCAAGAUCGAACACUCACCCUCUCAAGCUGACUCUGCCCGAGAAAUGCUACAGAUCAUUGGGCGCCACAGGAACAGCGAUCGCAUUCUUACCCACGCAAACGGCCCAAUGGACGUCGCCUCAGCCUAUCGCAUUCUUGAGGUAGAUCCUCAAUGGCCUGACAGCACCAUUGUGAUGAUGUCCAGUGUCAAGCUGAACAAGGAUCCGAAAAGCAAAGCUACAGAGGAAGUCGCGAUCAAGGCGAUGGAAGCUAUCGCCGAGGAUAGGAAUAGCGACGAAAUCCGCGAAGCGGCAAGAACUUUAUCUCUAUUGGCUCAAGCUCCGGAUCAGUCCGCACAAGCUGUGGAGAUGGACGCCAGACCUUCCAGCUCAGCCAACUUACCUGUCGGUCUCGAGAACAUCGGCAACACUUGCUACUUGAACAGCAUUCUUCAGUAUCUCAACACUGUCAUUCCCAUCAAAGACUUGCUUGCCCAUUACCCAGACUAUGAGCUAGGCCUGGAUGAUUCGCAUAUCCAACGCCGGCUUGUCGGCGGCAACAAGCUCAAAAUCGAUCGUGCCGAGGCGGUUGUUGCCCGCGCUUUCGUCGAUGAGUUGAGCAAACUCUUGGACAAUCUUAGUGGCUCUCAGGCUAGUGCGAUCCGACCAUCCCAACGUCUGGCCAAUGCCGUGCUGUUGCCGACCUCGAACUUGACUGAAGAUCCUGCUAAGCAACCGAGCAAGACUGCGGAAGAGCCGAAGACUCUGGAAGUCAUGGGUACCCAGUUUCCCGCCCCUCCGCCACUCCCUGCCAGGCCUGCUCCUGGGCCUCCUACACAUACGGCAGAACACGUCGAGGACGUUGACAUGGUUAACGUCACUGUGGACCCGAUCUCUGAGUCUGCUAGCAGCGUCAGCUCGCAGACUCUGGUCAACCUUUCCGAUGUUGACCACGAGAAGAAGGAUUACGUGCCCGAGGAUAAAACCGACAUCAGAAUCGUUUCUCAACCAGUCGAGGUGUCCUCGGCCCGAUCCACGAACGAUAACGAUGUCAAAAUGACGGGGUUCGAUACAGCCGUUCUCAACGUGGAACAACGAGUACUCAAGGCCUUGGAAACACAGACCCGAGACUCAGGCACCGAUCAACAAGACGUUGAAGAGGUCAUGGGCAGCAUCAUCAACCGUCUGCAGGCUGCCAUUAAGCCUACAAGGGUAGAUACCACCGAUGAGGUCCAGUGGGAGCCGAUCAUGGACACGUUCUAUGUUGAGUUGACCAACCACACGAAGUUCCCUAAUCAGGACAAGUACAAAUCAGACUCAACUCUGGAGCGUGCCAUCACGGCAUAUCCUGCUGAAGGUGGGCCGACGAACAUUCAUGACGGCCUUAGUCGCAAUUUUGAUCUCCAACGUGUCGCUGCCGGAGAAGCAGAUAUCAUGCGAUACACGUCGAUCAAGAAGCUUCCUCCGAUCUUACAUGUCCUUAUCCAGAGAACGAAAGGUGAUGGCCACAAGAACAUGAACCCGGUUGAGGUAUUCGAGACAUUGUAUCUCGACCGGUAUAUGGACACCCCGGACGACCCUCAGUUCUUCAAGUUGCGGCAGAAAGGCUGGGCUCUUCAACAGCGCUUAGACCAGCUGAACAACAUGCCCAAGACUGCGGUCGAGGAUACUCAACUCAUCGACAGUUUCAUCAGUGACUUUGUACACGUUGACAAGACUGAUGCUGAGGAGACAUCGUCGCUUCUCAACGACAUGCCUACGUCGUCCCUUAGCUUUGCGGGGCAAGAGCUGACAUUCCCUAUCUACCCUCCACAGUCGGAUGAGACAUUUGAAAAAGUGGAACCGCCUGAGCCUACAGGCUUCACGGUGGAAGGACGCCAGCAGAUCAGCAACAUGCGCGAGGAUGAACUGAAGUCCCACAAAGCGGAGCUUGAUCAGCUAUUCGCACAACACAAGAAGCAUGCGUAUCGUUUGCAUGCAGUGAUCUGCCACAGUGGUCAGCUCAGAGCUGGUCAUUAUUGGGUCUGGAUCCACGAUUUUGAGGCUGGAGUGUGGCGCAAAUACAAUGACAGGGUCGUCACAGAAAACGCCGACACGAAGGAAGUCAUGAAGACUCUCAACAGCAACGGCGAUCCUUACUACCUCUGUUACGUGGAAGAUGGCAAAGAAGGCGACUUGGUCAAAGUCCCCAAACGCCAGCAAGAAAAUCCUAACUCUGCUGUCAAGGACGGGGAUCGGGAUGCUGAUGGGGACAUCGAACUCAUUGACGUAGAGAACAAAUGGCCGCAGGGCUCAGGCAUUCUGUCACUAAAGGAGUAG